AUGGGCGCGGGUGGCUCUGCACCAUCUCGGGCGGGUGGCGCCGCUCAGGAGAAGGAAGCGGGUGGCACCGUUUCCGGAGGUGAGGCGGGUGGCCCCGCCACCUCCAGCGGAUCAAAAGAAUCCCAUGAAGCCGAAGCUAGCGGCAUUGCUUCAAAGAGAGAUGCGGCUGGUUCCGCAGGAAAGGAAGCAAAGAGAUCUAAGCCAGAUCCAGCUCCACAAUCAGGACAGAAACGAGGCCCUGAGACAACACUUGAAGCGCUUGAAGUUGGCGAUGAUGUCGAUCGUGGCUUGUUAGCCUGUGUCUUGGAAGAACGUGAUGAAAAAGACACAGAAGAUCGCCCUACUUUGCAUUGCCUUCCAAUAGCAAGCUAUCCCGAGUGGAUCCAACUUGAGACCAUAUAUGGUGAGAGAACCGGUGAAGUUCUCGAAGAAGAGAAGGUCAAGAAAGGAAGGGCUCGGGAGAUGAACAAGAUGGAAGAGCAUCAAGUAAAAGUUGACAUGCCCAUGGAUGAAGUCAAGAGGCGUGGACUGAAGAUUGUGAGAUCCAGAUGGAUCGACGCAAGGAAAGCCUUGCCGGAUGAUGAUCGGGGAGUCCGAUCCCGACUGGUUGCGCAAGAGCUGAACUUGGGACCAAGAGAUGACACUUUCGGUGGAACACCACCUUUGUGGGUUCAUCGCCUAAUUGUGUCAAGUGCAGCAACCAAAAGAAAAUCAGAUCAUGGCCAAAAGCGAAUCAUCAGCAGAUAUGAUGUGUCAGUGGCAUUUUUCCAUGCCCCAUCGAGAGGUGGCAUUGCUGUAAUGCCUCCCAAGGACAUGUUCGACGGCGCGAACUUGUGGUUUCUGCUGAAAGCCAUGAACGGAACAAGAGAAGCAAGCAAGCAAUGGAGCUUGUGCAUUCGAAAUGGACUCACGCCUGCAGGGUUCUUAGCCUCUGCAGCAGCAGAUCCAAAGUAUGCCAAGCAGUUGGUAAAGGAUAUGGGCUUGGAAGGCGCCAAAGGUGUCGAGACGCCAGCUUCCAAAGAGACGGGAAAGAAUGAGAGAAAUGUCAAUGAGCCACUCUCCGACAGUGGUACGCGAGAGUUCAGAAAACAGGCUGGUACAGCCCUGUACUUGCUGGAUAGGUACCUCGCCAAGUAUCCAACAGAGAUCUGGAAAUUUGACGAACAGGAAAUGCCCAAGUGUUUCUACACGUACAGUGAUCUUAGCUUCGGAGAAGCAGAGUACUAUGCCCUGACGCGGGCAGCAAGCGCUGGCUUGCUUUUGAAGAAUGUCUUGGAAGAAAUCCGAAGAGAGACUGAAAUGAUUUGCUUGACAGAUUCCUCGGCCGCGAAAGGAAUCACAGCUCGACAAGGUGUCGGACGCGUAAAGCACUUGUCGUUGAAGGAACUCUGGGUCCAAGACAUGGUGGCAAAGAAAGCCUUCAAGGUCCAAAAGGAGUCCACCGAAACAAACUGGGCUGACAUAGGAACGAAGAUUCUUGACGCAGCAAGAAUUUCAAGAUUGGUGGAAAUGAUGCCGCUGAAGAGGGGCAUCAUUGCGGCAUCGCUUCUGACACUUGGGAAGUGUCAAGGACCUGAAGAGUAUGACACAGAUGAAGACGGCAGCUGGCCAUUUUGGCUUUAUUUUCUGCUGACGCAUUUGUUUGCCUUGUUUGGGCUGAUUGCAUUUUGCAUGAGAGCCUACGAAUCGUUCACGAACAGAAACCGUUUGAAAGAAGUGAUCGAUGAAAGAUUAGAGAGCGAAGGUGAGAAAGAUGAAAGUGAUGACAAUGGGACGGGAACAGAAAUCCCUGGUCCCACAGUGGCGCAAGAACCUGCGAUGAGUUCGCUGGGAAUGGAGGUAGAUGAAGAACCCAAGACGGACAGUGCAGAGUCCAAGACUUUGCUCUGUGGAGGGGUGUUGGGACUUAGGUAUGGGAAGAACUUGGGUGCUUGUAGCAUCUUCCGAUCCUUCCAGGGCUGGUUGUCCCUAAGCCACGCUGGAGAAGCACGAGGUGCUUUGCUCUUGGCGCCUAUCUUGCGCGAGGCCACGGCCUACUUGCUCCUGAGACCUUUUAUGGAGGAUGUGCUACCCUCCAGCUUUUGUGGAGCAAAUCCGGGAAAAGUCCAGGAUCUCUUUCCAGAAUUCCACCAGCUGUUGAUUGACUGCCUGGUGCCCAUUCCUGAUGUCCAACCAGGUGACACAGUGUGGUGGCAUUGUGAUCUUAUCCACGCAGUGGAAGGCGUUCAUGGCGGACAGGAGGAUGCAGCAGUGUUCUACAUUCCGGCGGUGCCGUUCUGCGAAAAGAACGCCGCUUACGUGAAAGAACAGGCCAAGGCCCUCCAGCAGGGCCACACCCCGCCAGACUUUCCCAGCAACCAGUGUGAGGUCGACUGCAAUGGCAGAGGGACUGAGGAAGAUCUGAGUGACGAGGGGCGAAAAGCAAUGGCCUUUGAGGCACGGGUUGGAUGUACCCAAGCACACGCGGAUGCAGACACUCCACGCAGAUGCAUCACCAGUUGGUCAAAAUCCAAGCACCUGAAGUUGGUCAAGUUUGCGUGAUCAGAGUCCUGGACAUUUCAGGUCUAGAUGAGCAUUUACAUGGCCUUUUGAAGGGCAGAAUGGCUUUCAAUGAGCAGAUCGGUGUUUAUUUUGCAGCCUCCAAUGCCGCUGCCACCUGCGGUCUAGGUCGUGCAUUGACCUUGGGAUGGCUGGGAUUGAAUGGGCAAUGCCCCAGGUUGAGAUUUAUAGCUUGAUACAGCCCCAGGCUUGUGAUGUACAGUUCAAGGGAAAUCCACACUUGUGUAAAGGCUUGGAGUUUCCCUGUCAGCCCUUGGGCUGACCAGCCCCAAACGGAGGAACAGCAUCAAGCUAAUCCAGAGCAAA